AUGGACUCCUCCGCCAUAUUAUCUCUUCUGGAGCAGCUUGAUGAUGAAAUCGAUGAUCUCGAAGAGUCAGUAGCUCCGCUCGUGAAAACAGCGCUGGCGGAGACCACCUCGAAGCUGCCUUUGCUAGACAAAGCCAAGCUCUAUGUGCUUGUUACCUACGCAAUCGAGUCUAUGUUAUUCUCGUACCUCAGACUCAAUGGCGUCAGGGCACGCGACCACCCUGUUUUCAUCGAACUUACCCGAGUCAAGCAAUACUUUGAUAAGAUAAAGAUCACGGAAAACCCCCCUACGAGGACAAGCACCCUCGAUAAAGCUGCCGCAGCAAGAUUUCUGAAGCCGGGAUUGGCCGCUGCUGAGAAACAUGCUUUAGAACAAGCAGAACUUCGCGCCAAGCAACGAGCGAGAGCACAUAUCAAGUUCGACGAACUUUCGAAAACGAUGGAAGACAGGGAGAAGGCUAAGGCACCAAAGCGAAAGCCUAAUACGGCGGACGCCACUCCAGAAGAGGAUGGCUCCUCAUCAGAUUCCUCCUCAGAAUCGGCCUCGGAGAGUGCAAAAGAUGCGCCUGUGGCGGCCACGCUCUCAAUAAAUCCCAAGAAGAAGCAGAAGUUAGAUAAACAGUCCGAUUCAGCUCCAACAUCGGGGACUUCAAGCCCAGCCAGGAAACCAAAAGGCUCCAAGGCACCUAAGAAGGCUGCCAAGAAGCAGAAAAAGCGUAAGAAUGCCCUGAAGGAAUAG